CCGUACGCCUAAACGCGCCGGUGGUCGGGCCGUGCUCGCCUCCAGGGUUUUCGAGUGCUGGGCCCGUUUCGGGGGGUGGUGGGGGGUGGUCAGGGGGGGGGGGAAGGGGGAAAGGCCCGGGUAGGAUGGGCUUUGGCGCUGUCCACUAAGCUCCGCUCUGACAUCUGUGGGUGGUGGGCUACCUGCAAGGCAACAAUGGCGUCCAAGAAAGGGAGGGGAGAUCAGCCAUUCGUUCCGGUCAGUAAAGACAAGCAGAGGGAGGCGGAGCGGAAGUUUUGCGGCUUUAAGUGGGUUACGAAGGGGCAGACGAUGCCGAAUUCGAAUGGCAAUUUCCUCAUGGAGUGCAAGCUGUGUGGUCAGGGUUUUCAGGGGAGCCAGACGAAAGCCGCACAGCACUUCACGAUCAAGAACAAUUGCCCCAAAAUCUUCGUGGAGCAGAUGGCGGAGAUAUGGAACAAGACAAAGUACGGGUUCGAUCCAAGCCAUGCACGGAAGAUCAUGGACUUUCUGAAGUCUCGUGGGUUGCGAGACAACAGAUGUGGAUCGGGGAGGGAGCCGGCGGGGAAUGUGGAGUUUGAGGACAGCGAGGAGGAGAGGAGGGCGGUCGAGGUUGGAGAUGAUGAUGGUGAGAGUGAUGCAGAGGACAUGGAGGUGCGGCGAGAGGUGGAGUGAGCCAGGGGAAAGUUGAGGAAGGAGAAGGCCGUUGACGAGGACAGCACCCCUGA